UCGUUAUUGAGAACGAGAAAGAAAGAGGAAGAGAGAGAGAGAGAGAGAGGGUGUGUGUGUGAGAGAGAGAAAGAAAGGAGAGAAAAGGGCGGUUAGGAAUAUUUUCCUUCUCUCUCUGUCGUCCGUACUAGACAGCGUGCGCACGCAUGCGCGCCUCUUUCUUCCGUCGUACGACGCCAUAUUGCUGGCGGGCACGCGAAUGAAUUUCGCGCGCCCUUCCCCCCUCUCAAGGCUCACGUGUUCACUUAUAUCGUUCGAUGAUCUAAUAACGAGUAACAACCAACUAUGAACGAUGUUUCUACGAAUCGUCCAAUGUAAAAUCUUUCUCUGCGUAUAAAAGAACUAACAGUGUGUCUAUAUCUAUCCCUUUCGAUUUGAUGUGUAUUUUUUGCUAAUCCAUACAUCGUUGUGUUGUUUAUAUACUUAGUCAAGUCAGUGCGUCUCGUGAGUGUUCGUUUGUAUUCGUGUUCGUUCGUUAGCGUUCGUUCGUUCGUCGUUCGUCGUUCGUUUACGAACCGAUUCGGUCUUUUUCGCUUGAACAUCGCGUUUCUCUUUUGUUUUCGUUCUUUCGAAAAACAAAGUUUUUCCGCAAUCUGUGAUAUUCUUCGUAAUAUACAGUGGAGUGAUUGAUUGAUUGAGUGAGUGAGUGAGUGAGUAAGUGAGUGAGUGAAACGUCUAAAACUUGAUCAAUGACGAUAAUAAUAAUGAUACGUGCAUAAAAGAAAAAUGUUCGUCGUUGCGUCGUUGUCGUCGUUAUUAUUGUCAUCGUCGUCGUCGUCGUCGUCGUCGUCGUCGUUGUUGUUGUUUACAAACAGAUCGCUACGUGACACAUUAGGAGGGUGACCUUGGCAGAAAGAGAGAAAGAAAGAGUGAGAAGAAGAGGAAGAAGAAGAAGAAAAAAAAAGUGAAAGUCACGGACAAACGCGACGAGUUCCAUCGCGAUAUAAUAGACGCGUGCAAGGACAUGAGACAAUAAUUAAUAAUAGUAUUGAACGUUUAGUAUGUAAAUAAAAGUUUAGUCUUCGUUGAUACACGGAUGCUAGUAGAGAAGAAGGUCUUAUUUGAUUACGUUACGCCGUAAAACUAGCGUGAUUAGUUUUCUUUCUUUCUUUUGUUUUUUUCUUAUUUUUUUUUUCUUUUUUUUUUGCCUGUUUCUUUUUUUUGGUUUCUUUUUUCUUAGUGCUUUUUUCUUCGCCCCCCUCUCACCCUUCAAAUUGUCCAUGUAUGCGCUGCGAUCGAUGCACAUACGACGAAACAUUUUUUUUUUUUUAUACGUAACGAUAAAUCAAUUCUAUCGAUGAAAUAGAAAGGAAAAAAGGAUUUAUAUUAUAUAUAUAUAUAAAUAUAUAUAUAUAUAUAUAUCGUCAUAUCCUGUGUUCCUCGUUAAAAGGAUAACGCGAAUUUAUUUUUUUCUUCGUCAUGGAUUAUCGACUAUUGUCCGAUACCAACAACGGCAAUAACAACAACAACAACAACAACAACAACAACAACAAUUAUCCUACACAUCACCAUUGGUUUCCAAAGAUGUGUUCCUGUCUUGAUGGCGGAUCCACAAUAACCGGUGGACGAUCCGCCGCACGUGCGGGAAGUUACGAACGACUUGGUUCGGCACCUACGAUUUUCGAAAUCAGUAGCAUGAUGCAGAGAGCUCGAAGAAGAAUUGGCCAUUGCGAAGAGGAUGUUUUGGACAGUGAGAGACAGGAAGAGCUACGAUUCUAUAACGACGACCAAACGUGGACCGCCGUAGUGGUCGAAAAGAAUCUACGUACGAUCGACCUCUGUGAACUUCUUAAGGUCAAAAGAAACGUCUCUGGGAUUGCUUGGUCCAUCGUGGAAACCUGGCCUGAACUAGGAUUUGAACGUACAUUAGAGGACCACGAGGAUAUAUUAGCGGUUCAUAGAGAAAUGGAAAUGUUCGCGCCGCAUCACGAGAGAAAAUUCUACUUUCGUCAGGACUUUCUUAAAUAUGAGUUCUUCAUUAAUCCAAAGCAAUUCUUCCCAAUGGACAUGGUCGCCUUUCCGCACGACGAGGACAGAGGGACCUUCUCCGAAGUGGAAAGUGCCUUAAGGAAUUACCUGUCGCGCGAGGACGGCGAGUGCCCGCAGGUGUUCAGUUCGGUUUGGAUGAGGGACGAGCUCUUGAACACUUGGAGAAAAACUUAUAUGCUGUUACGAGAACGGAAACUCUACACGACGAAGAAGACUAACGGAACGUUCCCGAAACGGCCAUCGGAAAACGACCAACUAAACCCACUCGCUCAUCUAUCGGACUAUCAUAUAUACAGAAUUCCGAACGCAAGGAGGUGUUUCAACGCGCCCUUCGAGUGGGGCGCUUGUCUGAGGCCAAGAAGCAACGCUGAGGCCGAAGACACGGAGGGUGGGGAGCACGGGCUCAAGGUCAUCGCCUUCCACAGCGAAAAGGCACGGGCUUGUUGGCUUACAGCCAUGAGGCUCGCAAAGUACGGCAAACAGCUCAGGGAGAACUACAGGGCAUUUAAAAACAAGCAGUGCGAACAGUCGUCCGGUGGUAGCCCGAAGGAACAAUACAGCAGUUACAACGUCACCAACGAAUCGGUACGAUCCCGUGUUGCGAUGGACUUUACCGGUAGCGUCGGAAGGAUAGUAGAAGAUCCAAAGGAAGCAAAAGACAUAGCCGAGAGCGAAGGUAUAAUCUGGCGACGAAGAUGGAGGCCGUUCUCGCGUACACCAUCAGGCUGUGCGAUGGUAAGGCUCCAUGGUCUCGAUGGUGGUAUACACGUUCUCCAACCUUGGUUUCACGGUGGCCUCAAGAGAGAAAUAGCGGCUGCCAUUAUCAGGGAUCACGGCUCGGUCGACGGAGUCUUCCUGGUUAGAGAGAGCAAAAGCAAUCCGGGGGCCUACGUUUUGACUUACAAGUAUAGCGACAAGGUCUUUCAUGCUCAAAUCCAACCGGUAUUCGACGAGAGACGCAACUGUUGGCUCUAUACUCUCGACAAGGGUGCAACAAAGUUUUACGAUCUUCUCCAGCUGAUCGAGUUCUAUCAACUGAACGCGGGCUCUUUGCCGACUCGUCUUACCCAUUACGUACAAAAUGGCGUCCCGGCGCCAAUUCCUAGGCCCGAGGACGGCGGUGCUUCACCGUCGCCGCCCGAAGCCAAUCAAAGAUUCAGUGGCAAGCCAGAUCCGUCCUCGGGCAUUUGAGUAUAGGAGAACCAGCGACCCGGUGCCGCUAACGUCGAACGUGUUACAAGCAAUAGAAUUCGUUCUAAUAACAUCGAUGAGAAUGUUAACAACGACGAGAACGUUCUCGUUAAUAACAACAGCAACAUUAGAAAUAAUAAUAAUAAUAAUAACAACAACAACAACAACAACAACAAUGACAGUAUCGAUGUAAACGUCGUCCUACCAUCACAGGAUUCAAGACGUACAACAACAACGACCAUACAACAUAAUGGCCCUAGUACUACUGCUAUCGUUGCUGUCGUUGAUGUCGUCGAGAAUCAUCGGCUCGAACGACGUCAACGUUAUAAAAUUAACGAAGAGGACGUAUACAAAUUGAAUGCUUACUUUCGACGACAACAACAAGAACAACAAGAACAACAAGAACAACAACAACAACAACAACGUUCGACUCCGCGAUCGGGUUGCUGGAAUCUCUGCCUUUGCAGUUACAAGUGGGACUUGUAGCUUCUAUUCCCAACGAAAUAAACAUUACAGGAUCUUGAACACCUCGUCCUCGUGUUUUUAUUCUUUUUUUUUUUAUUUUUUUUUUUUUUUUUAAUUCUUUUUUUUUUGCUGCUCUCAUCCCAGAGACGAUGCGUCCAUUCGACGCCCUCUCUCUCAUUAAAGAAGAUGAAGAAGAUGAUGAUGAAGAUGAUGAAGAUGAUGAAGAUAAAGAAGAUGAUGAAGAAAAUAAAGGAAGAUGAUGAAGAAGAAAAGAGAGGCAUUUUUAAUAGAGGCUCUAUACUAACUUUCUCAAUCGAGUUUGCCGUUGCUAAUGCUCCUGUUGCUGAUGAUGAUGAUGAUGAUGAUGAUGAUGAUGAUGAUGAUGAUGAUGAUAAUGAUGAUGAUGAUGAUUAUAAUUAUGAUUAUGAUUAUCAUGUCGUCGUCGUCGUAGUCUUUGGGGAAAACAAAUUUAAGCCGUGUUAACGGACGUGAUAACUCGAUGUUAUUAUUAUAUCGAUCUUUCGACCCUCCGUC